UAACUGGGCUUUGGAGUCAUUCAGAUGAGGUUCAAGUUAAAGAAAUAUGAUUUAACAAUGUUUUUAACACAGAGGAUUUUCUUUAUGAAGCACCUUUUCUCCAUUGCUCUUAUAUUUAUUCCAGGUGUAUGGAGUGGAAACUGGAGGGUGACUGUGCAGAGCCAAUGUGCUUUAAGAGGGUCAACAGUUGUGUUACAGUGCUACUAUGACUAUCCCUUCUGGCAUACUGUCAAACACGUUAAAUGGUUUAAAGGACGCUUACAGGAUACAGGUUCUAGUUAUGCUUUAGAGUCUUUGACAGUAUCACGUUUUGAAUAUGUUGGGGACAAGGACCAUAACUGUAAUCUGAAGAUUAAAAAUGUCCAAUCCAUAGACGAAGGUUUAUACUUCUUCAUGUUUGAAACAUCUCGUGACAGAUGGAGAAGCAGAAAUCCUCCUUAUUUAUCUGUUCAAGAUUUAAUUGCUUUUGUCAGGUCAACAGUGGUAGCAGAGGGAGAGGUUGUGACAUUGACUUGCCAUUCAGGGUGCAAUCCAAAUUCAAAUAUUCAGGUUGUCUGGUACAAAGAAAGACAAGAAGUGACACAAACACGUUUCACUGCGAGGAGAGAGAAUACUGGGACUUACACUUGUGCUCUGCGAGGACAAGAGCAUGUCCGAUUAUCAGUGUCUCUAAUUGUUCAAUAUGCACCAAAGAAUGUGAAGUUGUCCAUAAGCCCACCAACAGACAUAAUACAGGGGCGUACAGUUACCUUUACCUGCAGCAGUGAGGCCAACCCCAUAGUGACAUCUAGUGGCUACAGUCUGUAUAAGGAUGGACAUUUUAUCAGUUUUGGACCAAGCCACAGAAUCUCUGAGGUUCAGCCCAGUGAUAGUGGACAAUACUACUGCCAGGCCUGGAAUAACAUCUCCAGGACAGGCAGCAACCUUUUCCAGUCCUUUAAAACCAUUCUAAAUGUUCUGUAUCCUCCCAUAAACAUUUCUAUUUCGGUCGAAUUAACAGAAGUCACAGAAGGCAGUGAUGUGAACUUGACUUGCGACAGUAUGGCAAACCCUCCACCCUUUGGCUUCAUGUGGUAUAGAACUAGUUCCUCUUCUGUGGUCCAGGUGGGCUCCGGGCCAGUUCUGUCUCUGUCCUCUGUGGAGGCAUCCAGUUCAGGACUCUACAUGUGCCAAGCAUUAAACAGAAUCGGAGAAAGCAACUCGACUCAACUGCGGCUUUCUGUGAAAUCCAAAUACCCAGCCACAUCCUUCCCCAUCUUGGUAGGAACUGGUGUGUCCCUUUUGAUUGCAUUUGUGUUAGCACUCCUCUUGUACUGGAAAAUCAAAAAGAGGAACCAAGACAAAUCUCAGGAGACAGCAGGGUUAAGUGAAAGAGAAAUUUCUUCAUCUGCUGUUGAAGACCACAUUUAUGCCAAUGCCCUCAUGUUUCAGACGCCUUCAUCUAAUGCAAAUUACUCUUCUUCAGAAGAGGUUUUUUACACAACAUUGAGCAUAAAACCCAAAAAGCCAAAUCGUGGAAGUUCUAUAAAAACAACAACCCCAGAAAAUGACUCUGUGAUCUAUGCUGCUGUUAACUAAAAACAAAGAAGGCUUGUCCACAAUAGUAAAAGCCAAAGUUAAAUCUAUUAGCUGGACUAAACUCUAAACUAAGAGUGAAGACGUUUUGCUGCUCAUCCAAACUGCUUCUUCAGUACUGGUCAGAUUGCUGGUGGACACUGCAUUAUAUCUAACUGAAGGGAGGGGCUAAGUACAUUGAAACUGUAAACAGCUAUUGUCUCCAGUUUCAGUCUUAAUGGCCCCCAUUCAACCUUUAAUGACCCUAUGGUGAACCUUGUGUUCCCUUUGUUUGCUUUGGGUCUGACAAUGGUGUUAUAGAUGGGGCAGAGAUUAUGUCCCCAUUCCUUUUUGAGGAAGGAUUGUCUCUUUCCUAACAAAAAUGGCUUCUUUAAUUCCUCUCUCAAACCAUUCGUUUUCUCUGGCUAAGAUCUGUACCUCACUAUCCUCAAAGGAGUGCUUAGUGGCCUUCAGAUGGAGAUGUCCACAAUGUCAACAUACUAUCAGUGUAUUUGUAGAGCAUUCAAGUGAUAUGCAAUAAUAAUGUAUGCAAUUUAAUGUAAAAUAUAUAUUUAAAAUGU